GUAAUCAGGAUAAACCGAUAGAAAUGAAUGGGAGCAAGCUUUCGGCUGCAGCUCCACCAUUCAAUCCAGGUGCCUUCCCUUUGACUCACCCAUUAAACUCAGUUGCUGUCACUGGUGUCUACGAUGUAAUAGCCAACCAAGGCAUGCUAGCAGAGGCAGUGGGAUUCCCAUCAGUUGCUGCCAGAGUUCCUUGUGGGCCUAGAUCACCUCUAUAUUACAAACUAAGCCAUUCUUUCCGCAUGAAACAUGGGUUUUUGAAAUACCAAAGCCCCAUCCCUGAAAGGACUGGACUUGGUUGUGCAAGAAUCAUGAAUCCAGAUGCACCUGAAUUUAUUCCCAGAAAAUCUUGGCAAACAAAUCAUACAAGUGAAGAUUCAAAAGUUUCAACUGAUCCAAGGAUUCUCCACAGAAGAGAAGCGCGAGGACAAGGACAAGGACAAGGACAGGACGCAAAUGUGGCCAAGGAUAACAAAUUCAGAAAAAGCUCUUCAGAUGCAGAGAAAGCAGAGCUAGCAAGGCAGAUGCUACUUAGCUUCAUUGUAAAGUCAGUUCAGCAUGAUUCUGAUCCUGCAGAUGACAAUCCAGUUAGCAAGAAGGCAGCUGAGUUUCCAGAAAGUUCUGCUGAAGCAUUUGCUAAUGACAGUGCAAUAACAAAAAUUCUUUAUGGGAAUGAAGGAAAGACAACCCUGGUUUCACAAGCUCAUAAUAACGAAGAGCCAAAAUCACCAGAUGUAAAUAAGAAUAAGCAUGGUGAUGGAGAAGGAUUUGUGGUCGUUACAAAGAGGAGAAGAAGCCGACAGCAAUUCACAAACAGGGUAAGCGGGCUGUACAACCAGCAAUCGAUCUGUGAGUCAGUCCGUUGA